AUGAGGCAAAAUCUUGUUUACGUGUUUACAAAGUUCUGUAAAAACUUGCAGAGCCCUUUCCGUGAGAUUUUGGACACUUGUUUAGAGUUCAACUUAGCAGGAUUCCAAAAAAGAGUGAAUAACAAUCAAACAGAUCACAAGACGAAAACUAGUCGCACCCUUCAGUUCUCACGAAAGGGAAGCCAUUCGAAAAUUUCAGUCCAAAACGUAUCAGAUGGGACUACAAACAUAUGCAAAGAGUCCUAUGCUAUGUACACUACCGAGCGUUCAGAGCAUACACAAGUUAAAAGAGUAAGGUUUGUCGAUCCUGAAGCAAUUGUUCGUAAAAUCAUGCUUCGACGUCUACUUUCCCUUCGACCCGCCUCCAAAAACGACAGCAAACAAGAUAAAGCAGAAAGUACCUCAAUAAGUAACGAAGUUGAUAAGAAUUCGAAAACUUGCGCUGUAGAAGAAACUCGAACAAAGACUGAAAUAUGCUGUAAAGUCAAGAAUGUUGAGGAAACACUCGACGUUGCUGACAACAAACUCGUCAUUGAAGAAGUUUCGAGAAAAGAACAGCUUAUCAACUCUAAGGAAGAGAAAAAUGAAGACGUGACGAAGACAAAAGAUACAGAUGAAGAAGAACUGAAAAAGAAUACAAAUGUUUCUGAAGAAAGUGAAGAAGAAAAAGAAAAGAAAGACGACGAAAAAGAAACGAGUACGGCAGAAGAAGGCGAAAGCUCUACGGAAUCACUUCCCGAGUCUGAAGUGGAUUCCAAUGCAGAAUCUUGCCACUCUGAAUUUCGCUCCGAUCCAGAGGGAAAAGACAGUGGAAUAGAGAAAGGAGAGUCUCCUAAUCUCCUUCACCAGGACAUCAACGACGAGGAUGAAGUCGAAGCCAUGUCAGAAGACGAUGAAGCAAUCCCCGAAAAACCCAAGCAAGACGCUCUAAUUUCAGUGCUCAAAAACUCCAGACUUGCCGCCAAAACAACACUCCAAGUGAUGAGCCCAGCAAUCACCAAAAAGCGCUUUGCGAAAAGAGGGAAAAUUCCCAGAAGAUUAGCCAAGGAGAAUUCAGGAUUCGACUCGGAGCAGUCCAACGAUAGCUCUCCAGAGAAAAGAUACAGAGGAAAAAAGAAUAUGACAGUUAGCUACCUGAGUUAUCCGCAGAGAUAUGUAAGAAGUUCGUUGGCUGUGGAAGCGAGGUUGUCGCAAUGGCGCAAGGAAACGUCUGUGGUCGAGGGAAGGGACUCAACAGCUACGAGAAAGCUGAAACAGACGGCAAGAAACACCCUGAGGAAUUCAAUGGAUCAAAAACGUGAAAAGUUUAAAGGCAAGAACGUCAACUUCUCCGAGAGUCGACGAGCCAGCGAAAGCAGCGACACAUCAAGCGACGAAGAUGUAAAUCAGAUGUCAGUCAGGAAGAUCUACAACAGCAAAAACGCACUGAGGAGAAGAAUAGAGAACUUGGAAGGUAAGCUGCAGUCAAUGGCCGUGCAGAAAGAAGGGCUGGAGAACCUUGUCUUCAUCAUGAACGUGUGGGCGAAGGAACUGAGCGCAGUGGAAAGGACUAAACUUGGGGUGCCAUAUAUUCGCUCAAUCAAGCAAGUGCUCAAGAGACAUCACCAAAGUCUAAACAGCAGAACGAGCGACUUUGGAGAACUCUUGGCUCUCCUUGGCAGAUCCAAAAUACCGUGUUUUGAUGAUAUCCACAAGAUGGUCAAACAACUGAAUAAAAACAUAACGAGUAUCGUCCAAGAUCGAAAGAAAUACAGCUCAAGGCAUAUUGAAGACCUGAGGCAGAUUCARGGCAAGAUCAUUGGCAUUUGCAGUGCUGUGAAGGCUGUUUAUUAUGAGGAAUAGAGUGGAUUUGGUUUUGCUUAACAUUGCUUAGUAUUAACGUCGCAUUAGUUGUAGUUUUUAAAAAAAAUCCAGUUAAAGUAACAUAAAUUUAAAGUUUUUCAUAUCAGGGGGAAACAACUGGUUAUGCGUUUAUAGUAAUCCUAUACGAAAUAUUAUAUGAACCAAACAAGUUACACCCCCGGAUUUGCGCUUGAACGUGGCUUUGGUGCGGUUAUGCCAACUAAACAGUUAUCGAAGAGCUCCAAUCUUCUGCCUUUUGUUUCGAUUCAACUUUGACGAGAAAUCAAUCGAUCUUCCAUGUCAAAAUAAUGGCUGCGAAGAGACUGUGUAAGAGCAAAAUUUAUGCAAUUAAAAAAUAAAUACAUAAAUAAAUACAUAAAUUACAAAUAAUCAUUUUUUGUUAGAAAUAAUGACAAGAACAAAAACAAUACAAACAAUUGAUAUUUAAGUUUUAAAUAAAAUUGCUGUUAAAAAAUAAAGAUGAAAUAAUUUAAUCAUUACAUGGUGAUGUUAAUAACGGUAGUAAUCUUGCUUUU